AUGCAAAUUUCUCAAGAUAUUAUCGCAAACAGCGAUGAACAAUUAUCUACAUCAUAUGAUAUUGUCAAUAAGAUCAGACAAAAAUGCGAAGAAUCUCGUAAUAAUGAAAAAAUAUGUAGAGAAUUUAUUAAUCUAAUGAUAUUUUCCGCAGAGCCUGUCAUAAAGUUUUUGCAACGUCAAGAAGAAAAUGAAAGGGAUUUUGUCAUGAUUGAACAAUUUAAAAUAUCUUUAUUAAACUGUAAAACAUUUGUUGAAAGUAUUACACAGAUUAAUGGUUCUAUAAGAUAUAAAGAUGCUACGAGUAUAAGAGAAAGAUUUAGAUUAGUUAUGAAUGAUUAUUGGACUUGCAUGAAAAAUCUGCGUUUAAAUUCAAAUUAUUCUACGAUGAUCAAUAUUAAAGAACAAAGAAAAAUUGUUGAAGAUUAUUUAAUAAAUGAUGAAAUUGAAGAUCGUAACGAAUAUUUAAUGAAAGAUAAAAACUUAAAUCGUGGAAUAUUCAUUUGCAAACGAGGAAUAGAUCCUAAGCGUUCAAAACUUAAAUUCGACAUUUAUCCCAAAUUCAAUCCUUUAAUAAUGAAUAAUAAUGCUGGAAAUUUUCAUGCAAAAUUUACAAAACAUUCCAAUUGGAUAUCUAAAUUUAUUUCAAAUCUUUUUAAUGAUGAACCUGUUAAUGAAGUUUAUCUCGAAAUACAAUAUCCAAUUUGUGAAUUGAUUUUUAGUAAAGAAAACUUAAAGCUUCCUGAAAGGUUAAUUCAAGAAGUUAAAGAUUCUUUACAAGAUAACAAUCCUUAUCAUAAAUUAAUAAAAGUGUUUGAAUAUUACGGACAUUUUAUACCAAAAAAAGUUACCCUUGGGCAUAAAUUAUGUAGAAUAACAUAUUUAGCAAGGAACAGUACAUUGCCAGAAAAGAAAACUCAAGAAAUAAAAUAUAUGUCUCAUGAAGAUUUUGAAAAGAGCAAAUUUGAAAAUUUAUGGGUUCAAUGGGAAGAUUUAAUUGAGAGUUAUGGUUCAGAAAAUUCUUAUCUAUUAUCAAAGGACAAUAAAACUUUUGAACAAAACGAUCUUCAAGAAUGGGCAACAUCUUGUCAAAAUAAUAUUAAUGAUCUACAAAUUAUUAGUUGGGAUGAAUUAUAUCCUUUAUAUGAAUUAUUGGAUGGUAAAUUACAACAAAAAGUCAAAUCUAUUCUUGGAAUUAAUGAUCUAUCACAAAACUUAAUAGUUAAUGAAAAAGUUCUCAUGUCGGGAGUAAUUUCAAUUAAAGAUCAUUACUGUAGAGUAAAUUUCACUAAAGAAUUAACUUCAGAUAAUUAUCAAAUUUUUGGAAAGCUUAUAACGCCAAACGGGGAGUCAAUUAAUACAGCUUUAAAAUUCAAAUCAAUGACUAAACGUGGAUUUUCAGUAAUAAUUGAUAUUGAUGAAACUGAGUCAAUAUAUUUAAAUUCAAAAAUAUAUUGGAUUAUGAUUGGAUUGCCCGAAUUUGGAUAUUACAGUCAAAACUCUCGAGGAAUUUCUGUAUUGGCUUCGGGUAAUCAUAAAUUUACAUAUAUUUGUGAUAAACAAUUUGAAGAUAUUUUGUUACAGGUUCCGGAGGAUUUACCCAUAGGUUCUGUUAUUUGUGCAACAUUAAAAUAUCUAACUGAUUGUGGACCUACAUACAUAAUUACUAUCGAUGAAGAUUAUAUGAUUAAAAUCUCAAUACGCGAUUCAGAUCGAAUAGAAGGUAAUGGAUCCUCUGACAAUUUCGAAUCUGAAAUUGAUGAACACUCUGACAAUGAUGAAAAUUUGAUUAUUGAACGUGUUGAAAGUUAUGAAGAAGUGAUCAUUGAAUAUUGUGAAAGUUCUGUUGAUGAUGUAACCAUCGAACAUUCUGAUUCUGAUGGCUAUGUUGAAAUAAUCAAUGAAGAAGACUCUUAUAGCAGUAGCGAAAGUGAAACUAGUGAACUUUAUAAUAAUAUUGAAAGUAGUCCAAAGAGUAUAGAAGUUAUAUUACAAUGGUGUGUACUUUCAAAAUAUCAAGAAAUUAUAGUUGAUAAUUGUGAAUAUGAAUUCUCCGGAUUAAAAUUCGGUUUAGACUUAAUUGGUAUGAAAAUAUCUGAAGAAGGUAAUAAAAUUUGUAUAUUAAAUUCCUUUUUUCAUAAUUACGAUGAAUUUUAA